UCAGUGUUUCAACUCCAUAAAUUUAUUUUAUAUUUUAAUAAUUCCAAAUAAUUCCAAAAUGUUCAUUCAAAAUUCAAAUUAAUGAAAUUCUUGAUUUCGAUUUGACAAAUUUUAUUUCAAUUUCUUUCUGUUGGAAAUUCGCGAAUGAAUUAAUGCUCCGCUCCGAAAUAGUUAGGACUAGGCAAAAAAAUAACAAAACCAUAGCAACGGAAGAUUUUGUACUUAAUUACCUACUUCAUUUUGAUAAUCCUCCCUCAUAAAUAAAAUUGAAAAACGAGAAAAUUGUCAAACUAAUGACUACAAUUACAGAAGAUUUAGUAAGAAGAAGAGCAGAGCACAAUGACGGCCAGAUUGGAACUCUGGAAGAAUUAUCAUUACAUCAGCAACAGAUAAUAAAAAUAGAUCACUUACAAAAUUGGUGUAAAGACUUGAAAAUUUUAUUUUUGCAGUCUAACGUCAUUUCAAGAAUAGAAAAUUUGAACAAAUUGAAAAAAUUAGAGUAUCUGAAUUUGGCAUUAAAUAAUAUAGAACGGAUUGAAAAUUUAGACAUGUGCGAAUCACUCCAGAAAUUAGAUUUAACUUUAAACUUCGUUGGAGAACUUACCAGUGUAAUUUCUUUAAAAAACAACCGUAAUUUGAAAGAAUUAUACCUGAUGGGAAAUCCAUGUUGCAAGUACGAGAAAUAUCGUGAAUAUGUGAUAGCAGCUUUACCUCACUUAAUGGUUCUAGACGGUAUAGAAAUCUCACAUUCUGAUCGAAUUAUAGCUAAUCGGGAUAGGCACGAAAAUCACUUCAGAAUAAUAGAGCAACAGGAUGAAUACGGAGAAAAGAGAAAAAGUGAAAAGCGAAACAUGAACAUCUCCAAAGAAGACAAUAAUGUUGACUAUACAGAUGACACUGGCUUUUGGAAUGAAAUGAGCGAUAACACGCCGGAAACCCGAUUAGCUAUGAUCCAACAUUGUCGUAAAAGUAAGGAAAACGUAGUGGAUCUGGGUGUCUCUAAGCCUAAACGAGAAGUGAAAUUAUUCAAAAAAGACGGAUUACCUAUGAAUGUAAAUGAAGCUAAAAUUCCUUUCACACUAACUGAAGACGAAGACCGUAAAAAUUUUAUACUAACAGUUGAAGUGUACAAACAUCUAGACACUAGUUUACUUGAUGUAGAUGUACAACCAUGGUUUGUUCGAGUACUUAUUAAAGGGAAAGUAUUACAAUUGGUCUUACCUGAAGAAGUACACCCAGAUCAGUCAAAAGCCCAGCGAGGAAUAAGUUCGAAGAGACUUACGAUAACCAUGCCAAAAGUGAAUAUGAUUUCAAGAAAACUUACUCUCUCAUUAUCAUGUUAGUAGCUGUACCGAACUAAUAUACGACUUAAAUACAGGAAAAAGAAAUUCUGAACAGUGCUUCGAGUAAAAAAUACUAACCAGUUCGAUAAACUCAUUCGAAUAGCAAAAUCGUCAUGAAGGAUACAUGCCAUUGCAUACGUAUAUUGAGAAUUACAUAAUGAAUGAUUAUUUACAAGUUUAUUUGGUAAAAUGCAUUGAACCUAUGCAUUUAUAAGGCUUUUACAAAUAUUUACAGCACAUGUUAAUGAAAAAGGCGAAUAUUUCGAACGUAUGUAGAAUAAAAAUGUAAUAUACAUUAGUUAUGUUAAUAGAAAAAUGAUAAUUUCUACAAAAUGUAAUAUAAAGGCCUUGAUAAUCCUAUUGAUUUAAAAAUCGAUACCAUAAUUACAAUUUUGUAACAUUAAAAAACAUUAUUUCAUAAAAUUAAUUUUCACAUCAGGGAAUACUACUAACAAAAAAUAAACAACCUUUCAACAACCACCUUUGUAAUAAUUUGUGAAUAGGAUUUUCAACUCAUCGACACCGCAUAUUUUGGUCCCUAAGCCUCUGAAUUAAAUACACGUCACGAAAAUCCCAAUUCCUUUCAAAAUAUUAAAUUGUCUAAAAAAUAUAUAAAUUAGGCUAAUACGGUUUUUAAAAAAAAAUACAAAUUUAUAAAAUCGUAUAAAAACAAUUCAACGGUCGAGAUUUUUUUCUCACCCAGCGUGAUAUAAAAUUUUUCGGACAUAAAUUUUAAUGAAUAAAGAUUUUUUAAAAGACAUGUUUCAAUCAUGAUUGAUUAUUACAAUAACACUACAAACAGAAUUGAUAUGUUUUCAUUGCUUUUAAAUUCAUUUAUUCGAGAUUUUACAUCAUUUCAACACUUACAUAACUUCGGUUUGAGGGGGAAAAAAAGAAAGAAAAAUGGAUGCGUGUUUAAUGUACAAUUUACACGGAGUACUAAGCGUUCAAAAAGAAUAUUAAUAUGUACCAAUAAAUCUCGCGAGCAAGGGAAAAAAUACGCUGAAAAAAUGUUUCGCGAAAAUGUAUUUAUCGCUGGUGGUUAUGCUACCGCCUUUAUUACGUCUCGUUGGCCAUAUAAAAUUACAUAGACAAAAGAGUUCAAUUCAAUUAAAACUCGAAGUACCAAUCUAAGAAUACACAGAUGAUACUGAUCACCAGUUUUUAAUAAUAAUGUCUCAGGCGAAGUAACUCCGUUCAGUAAAACAGAUUACUCAAAAACGAGCUCCAAUUACCUAUUCAAUAUUCAUUCCAAAUCAAAACCGUAGAAAGAAUUUAUAAUAGAAGCGUAAUGAAUGAAGCAGAUGCGUGCUAUACAAAGACGAAUCCUACUCUAGUUCAAGUCUAAGACUGACACAGUAAAGUAUGGGUUCAUACCACGUAAAAAUUUCAACUAAAUCAAACUUAUUAACUCAUUAUUGCAAGAAAACAACGGUCAAUACAGCUUAAAUGAAAAUAAGAAUAUGCGAAUCCAUUACAGAAAAAACAUCGGACACUCACGUUCCAUUCAUCGGUAAUGAACAUUGUUUAGCAGGAAAAUACUUGAAUGGACUCGUUUUUAUACGUUUUUACGUUAUCGCAAAAUAAAUUAAAAUAAAAUAUGUAUUGGAAACCAAUGAACUAAAUUAUUCUGAAAAUUUCGCGUGAAUUAAAACGACUGGGUUAGAAUACGAAAUACAGAAUGAACGACGAAUACUUUACAAAGUGAUGUUUUCAGAAAAAAAAAGAACUACUUCCUUAUUUUAAGUAAGAAUAGUACAAAAAUUAAUAACAAAGCAGGUAGAAUGUUGCCUGCUACAUGUAAAAACGAAAAAAAAAAAACUGAUUGAAAAACAAGUAAAAAUUAUGAUCGAUAAGAAAAAAAAUCUAAAAAAGCAUUCAAUGUAAGACUUACUUGGCGCUAAAUCGAAAAAAAAAAAUCAUAAUAAUCAGCGAAUUUUAUGUAUAAUAGCCUAUCCCAUUAUAUUUAUGCGUUAAAACG